AGUCACAGGCCGCGGGGAUAACUCCGAACCAUAACCCUCCCCAAACCCUAGCUAGCCCGCCCCCACCCAUUGAUGACCUCCGCCGCCGCCGCCGUAGAUGCACAGGCUCUCCCUCCUCCCCGCCGCCGCCGCAGCGACCGCCUUCAUUGACGCCGCCACGGCGCCCUUCCUGCUCCCCUCCGCCUCCAUGCCCUCCCUCCGCCUCGGCUCCCCCGCGCUCCUCGCCGCGCGCCGGCGCCCGCCGCCCUGGCUGCGCUGCGGCGGCGGGGCGAGGAGGGGCGCGUUCUGCACCCUCGAGGCCUCCAGGCGCGCGGACGGCGGGUCGGAGGACGAGAAGCGGGGCGGGGACGGGGCCCGCGCGGUGGCCGAGAGGAGGCUGCGGGGCGUCAGCGCCGUGGCGGGCAGCGGGGAGCUCCUCGCCAUCCCCGGAGUCGGCCCGCGCAACCUCAGGAAGCUCGUCGACAACGGCUUCGAGGGCGUCGCGCAUCUCAAGCAGCUCUACAGGGAUAAGUUCUUUGGAAAGUCGAGUGAGAAGAUGGUUGAGUUCUUGCAGAGCUCGGUUGGCAUCAAACAUAAGAAUCAUGCUGAGAGUAUCACUUCAUUCAUUAAAGAGAGUGUUGUUGAGGAGUUAGAGGAUACCAGCUCAUCUAAGCCUCCUCGGAAGAAGAGGCUAACCUUUUGUGUGGAAGGAAAUAUCAGUGUUGGAAAGAGCACCUUUCUCCAGAGAAUAGCUAAUGAGACUAUUGAACUACGUGAUCUUGUUGAAAUAGUACCUGAACCUGUUGCUAAGUGGCAGGAUGUUGGCCCUGACCACUUCAAUAUACUGGAUGCCUUCUACGCUGAGCCCCAAAGAUAUGCUUACACGUUUCAGAACUACGUGUUUGUGACAAGAGUUAUGCAAGAAAGAGAAUCUUCAGGUGGCAUCAAACCUCUCAGACUAAUGGAAAGAAGUGUUUUCAGUGACAGGAUGGUAUUUGUCCGUGCUGUUCAUGAAGCUAACUGGAUGAAUGAGAUGGAGAUCAGCAUCUACGAUUCUUGGUUCGAUCCUGUGGUGUCAUCGCUCCCAGGUCUUAUCCCAGAUGGAUUUAUUUAUCUAAGGGCCAGCCCAGAUACUUGCCAUAAAAGGAUGAUGCUCCGGAAAAGAUCAGAGGAAGGUGGUGUUAGUCUUGACUACUUGCAAGGUUUGCAUGAGAAACAUGAGAGCUGGCUGUUUCCUUCGAAAGGAGGAGGCAAUGGUGUAUUAUCAGUUAGUCAGCUGCCCACACAGAUGGAGGGCAACUUGCCUCCAGGGAUAAGGGAUCGUGUCUUUUACCUGGAAGGAGAUCACAUGCAUUCUAGUAUCCAGAAGGUUCCUGCUCUGGUCUUGGAUUGUGAACCUGACAUUGAUUUCAACAGAGACAUACAAGCGAAACGACAGUACGCGCAGCAAGUUGCAGAGUUCUUUGAAUUCGUGAACAACAAAAAGGAAGCUCCAUCCGAGCAAGCAAGCACUGAGAAGGACCGCAUGAAUCCAAAGAUCAUGUUCCCUAACAAAGGAGGUUUGUGGGUCCCUGAAGGUGUGCCGCCUUUCGCGGGCUCUGCAAUGAAUCUGGAUUUCAGAAGAGCCAUGUCUUCAUAUCUCCCAACUUAAGGCCUCAGCUUCGAGAGUACCCGGGCCUGUUUGGUUGAAGGCUAAGAAUGCCAUAAUCAUGCUAACUUUUUGUCGAAAUCGUCUUAUGGCCAAGGAAAAGGAGCCAUAAGCACGACAAGCUUAGCUAAAAAGACCAGUGCCUGUGACAGACGGGUCAUGAGGCUAAGCAGGUUGUGGCAAGCCAUAGUUGUGGUAGGCAACCAAACACAGGACCCUCAGCUCACUGACCUUGUAAAAAUCGCUGAUGCUUUUCACUAGACCUAUUAGCUUUGCCUGAUGCUAGCGGAUGAUGUAGAAUAGUGUGUCCGUGUCCCCAUCUUGUAAAUUGGCGAUCUCGCUGGUAGUUUCACGUUCUGUGGUAGCAGUAGCCUAUGUUUAUCUGAACCAUGGCGAGGACCUGUUUUGUUGCUGGCUGCAUUCUGUUCAGAGGAUUCAGAACUACUACUACAUCGUUGGCUAAAUGUGCUGUCCACUUGUUUACUGUGGUUUA